AAAAAUAAUACACUACUUGCUAAAUAACUAAGAAACCCUAAAAUUUCCUACAUUGAGCGGCGCCUCCCUCCCGCUUGGCUUCCCAAAUCCCAUCUCCAAUUCCAGACAUCUCCACCGUCCCAUCCGUCCGACUCCGUCAGCUUCUCCAUCUCGUUGGCCAGAGGUUCCCCGCCAGAGGUUCGCGCACCAGAGGUUCUGCGCGCCAGAGGUUCGCCGCCAAAGGUUCAGCGGCCCAGCUCGUCGAAUCGUAGCCACAGGUUCGCGCGCCGAAUCGCCGCCACCGUUCGCGAGUCCAGAACCUCCACCGCCGCGAGUCCAGAGGCUGCACCUCCGCGAGUCCAAAACCUCCACUUCCUGUUGCGAGUACAAAACCUACAUCGUCGGCCGCGAGUCCAGAACUGGAUGUUGAUGUCUACCACAUGAUGCUCUGAAUCUAAGCAGUAGAUCCAUGGAUCUAGACCCGCGGAUCUGACGGAUCUGGGUCUGGAUCUGGAUUUUUGAGAUCCGUCGGAUCUGGGGCGGAUCUGGAUCUGAUAAAAUAAAACGGAUCUGGAUCUGGUAUUGAUGAGAUCCGGUCCAGAUCCGGCCCGUUGCCAUCCCUACUUACCUCCUCUUUUUCCUCAUUCCUCAUUUAUUAGAUCCAUCUUUUCUGCAUUCCCUCCGAUCUGGGUUUCUUUUGAGGAAUUUAUUUGAAAUAAACACAUAAUAAAAUUGAAAUCAGAUGGCCGCUCCACCCGCCAGAGCACGAGCCGAUUAUGAUUGCCUCAUCAAGCUUCUCUUGAUCGGUGAUAGCGCUAUGGAGUUAGUGACUUCACUUUGAACUCACACUGACAGUGGAAGAUACGGCGGCGAUGUGUAUCACAAUAUACCUGUGAACCUGAAGAAAGCCUAAAAUGAAGGAAUUUGCUUUGCAGUACAACAUUCCCCUCCCUCCCACCACAAUAAUCGGAAUUUUCCAUCGGAGAACUUUUCCCCUUUUUCAGUCCACUAGGAAUAGGGGUGUAAAUUACAGCUCUACCGCCGCUGGUAGCCGGAUAAAAUCAAACAAACCUCUACAAGUAGAAGAAUUCGAAGAUGGAUUAUGCAGCAGUAGGUAUUACGUGCGGAGCAAAGAUGAGGAAGAGGAAGUGGAGGAAGACGAAGAGACGUCGUCUUCGAUGUUGCUGUCCUUGAGCAUGAAGCCCGACAGGAACAUGUCUUUGCUGGACGAUUACGAGAUGGAAGAGAUGAAUUACGUCUCCGACGACCCCAAUCACCGGAGCGGAUACGUGGCGGUGGUCGGAAAGCCCAACGUUGGAAAGAGCACGCUCUCGAAUCAAAUGAUUGGUCAGAAGCUGUCCAUCGUCACCGACAAGCCUCAGACAACUAGACAUCGUAUUCUUGGUAUUUGCUCUGGCUCGGAUUAUCAGAUGAUUCUGUAUGAUACACCGGGUGUUAUUGAGAAGAGAAUGCAUAAGUUGGAUUCUAUGAUGAUGAAGAAUGUGCGAAGUGCUGCCAUCAAUGCAGAUUGUGUUGUUAUUGUUGUUGAUGCUUGUAGGGCUCCUGAAAAGAUUGAUGAAGUGUUGGAACAAGGAGUUGGAGACCGUACGAAUAAGCUACCUACCUUGCUGGUUUUGAACAAGAAGGAUCUUAUCAAACCUGGUGAAAUUGCAAAGAAAAUCAAGUGGUAUGAGAAGUUUACAGACGUUGAUGAGGUCAUACCCGUGAGUGCCAAGUUUGGCCACGGAGUGGAUGAUGUCAAGGAGUGGAUUCUAUCUAAACUUCCUAGAGGACCAGCUUAUUAUCCUAAGGAUAUAUCUAGUGAGCACCCCGAAAGGUUUUUUGUGGGUGAAAUUGUCAGAGAAAAAAUCUUUAUGCAGUACAGAAAUGAAGUCCCUUAUGCAUGUCAGGUUAAUGUUAUUAGUUAUAAAAGUAGGCCUAAUGCAAAAGAUUUCAUUCAAGUAGAGAUUGUUGUGGAGAAGAACUCACAGAAGAUUAUCCUUAUUGGAAAGGAAGGAAAAGCUUUGAAGGUACUAGCAACAGCAGCACGGCUAGAUAUUGAAGAUUUCUUGCAGAAGAACGUUUUCCUUGAGAUAGAAGUGAAGGUAAAAGAGAACUGGCGACAGAAUGAAGGACUGCUCAAAUACUAUGGCUACGGUGGUCAAAUACAAGCUUUGUGACAUACAUACCCAACUUCGAUCCAUACGUUGCAUAGAGUCUUGUUGCGCAUAUUUCCAAGGCUCUAAUUGAGACAAGAAAUUGAGGAAUACUAGUGAAAGGGGCAGUUAUAUUUGUAGGCAAGGUGUCCCUGUAUCAUUAAAUCAUGUUGGAAGAAAGAUAAAGCCAAAGGCGCUGUUUGUGUAUUGGUCCAUCAUUUGGCAUCAAUCAUAGAAGGUGGUGGUGGUAUUUGAACAAUUGGAAGGCUCUUGAAUUUUGAAAUGCUAAUUUAUUCCUAUCGAUGUAUUUGAUUUUUCAAGUUCAUUAGUAUCAUUCAUUUUUGAAGGAAA